AUGUAUCUGUCUAAGGAUCAGACCAACAAAACCAAUGUUACUUGCAUAAGGAAUAGAAAAGAUGUUAUAUAUAACUUCAAAGUCUCCUUUUUCGCUAUGGGCCAACUGCCCAAUUUCCCAUGGAAUGUAAGUAGCGAGGCUGCUUGCAUGUUGUACUAUGUACUGUCUGUAGGGUCUGCAUCGUAAAUUGAAUGUCAUAAUUUUUUUGGGGGGGGUUAAGCAAUAGUAAGACAUGAAUACAGUAAUAACAUAACGUUUUUUGUUGUUGUUGCUUUCUAUAGUUCCUUGAAAGGGAGCUCGAGAACGACAGCUCAUCAGAAAUUAUUCUAGACAUUCUAAAGCAGGUAUUGCCUAACUGUCAAAGCAAUCCUUUUUUUUUACCACGUCACACCUAUUUAGUUCAAGAUAUAGAAACAAUACAUUGGAUUUCCCAGUUGGAAACCACACUAACAAUGACUAUUCUCACUGGUUUACAGACAUGCCUUCAUCCAAUGUGCUGUAAACAUCCUCCCUCAGUUAGAUACAGGAGACUGUUUCUGUCUCAGCUCAUCAAAAUGGUAGGUUAUUUUAUCUGAUAUGUUUUUGUCUGGGAUCAUUCUGUCAGAAAAUAGUGCACUAUCAUACAGUAACUGAUGCAUUUAUCAACUUGAAUGUUAAUUUUUUAAUUUUUAAUCACAAUUGAAAAAAACAUUCAAGUUGAUAAAAAGCCAAUUCUUACAAAUUGCACACUUUCACAUGAAUACAAUAAAAUACAACUUUAUUGUUAAUUUGUUGAAGCGAACAACAGUAAUGUGAUGCUUCUCUUCCCUGUGUGUGUGUGUGUGUGUGUGUGCGCAGCAUGAAGCCAGUGAGAGUGAGCCCCUGGAUGAGCUCUAUGAUGCACUGGGUGAAGUCCUGGGGGUAGAGGAGGGGACAGAGUGUUACAAGAGCUAUUUACUGGUACGACACACACACACAUUUCAAAACACCACACUGUAUUCAACAAAUACUGUAUUCUUCAUUUUUACAUUUUUGUCAUUUAGCAGACGCUCUUAUCCAGAGCGACUUCCAGUAGUGAGUGCAUACAUUUUUUCCUACUGGUCCCCCCGUGGGUAAUCGAACCCACAACCCUGCCGUUGCAAGCGCCAUGCUCUACCAGCUGAGCCACACGGGACCCUUAUUCUAUUCUUAUAAAUAAUUAAAUGAUUAUUAAAAUUCAAGAUUACUUUAAUGAAAUAUUAAUGUUAUAUUUACCAUGUGUGUGUGCGUGUGUGUGUGUGCGUGUGUGUGUGUAGCCGUGUGGAGAAGCAGUGAGUCUAUCAGAGAGUACAGCUGUGAUCUCUGAAGGAACUACAGGCCUGGUCACAUGGGAGGCUGCCCUCUAUCUAGCCGAAUGGGCUCUGGAGAACACACACAUCUUCACUGGCAGGUUGGUACACUAGUGUGUGUGUGUGUCAUUGUGUUGUGUCUACAACAACUCAUGCUGUUGUUACUACUCAUCACCUCAAUCUGGUGUGUGUGUCCUCUCCCUGUGUUGUGUGUGUCCUCUCCCUGUGUGUGUGUGUGUCCUCUCCCUGUGUGUGUGUGUGUCCUCUCCCUGUGUGUGUGUGUGUCCUCUCCCUGUGUGUGUGUCCUCUCCCUGUGUGUGUGUCCUCUCCCUGUGUGUGUCCUCUCCCUGUGUGUGUCCUCUCCCUGUGUGUGUGUGUCCUCUCCCUGUGUGUGUGUGCCCUCUCCCUGUGUGUGUGUCCUCUCCCUGUGUGUGUGUCCUCUCCCUGUGUGUGUCCUCUCUCCUGGUGUGUGUGUUUGUCCUCUCCCUGUGUGUGUGUGUCCUCUCCCUGUGUGUGUGUCCCUCUCCCUGUGUGUUGGUGUGUCCUCUCCCUGUGUGUGUGUGUCCUCUCCCUGUGUGUGUGUGUGUGUCCUCUCCCUGUGUGGUGUGUGUCCUCUCCCUGUGUGUGUGUGUCCUCUCCCUGUGUGUGUGUGUGUCCUCUCCCUGUGUGUGUGUGUCCCUCUCCCUGUGUGUGUGUCCUCUCCCUGUGUGUGUCCUCUCCCUGUGUGUGUGUCCUCUCCCUGUGUGUGUUGCCAUCUCCCUGUGUGUGGUGUGUCCCUCUCCCUGUGGUUGUCCUCUCCCUGUGUGUGUGUCCUCUCCCUGUGUGUGUGUGUCCUCUCCCUGUGUGUGUGUGUCCUCUCCCUGUGUGUGUGUGUCCUCUCCCUGUGUGUGUGUCCUCUCCCUGUGUGUGUGUGUGAGUCCUGUCCCUCCUCUCCCGUCCUACAGGACAGUCCUAGAGCUGGGCAGUGGGGUAGGGUUCACCGGUAUAGCAGUGUGUAGGUCCUGCAGUCCCUCCAGGUACGUGUUCAGUGACUGUCACCUCAGCGUUCUACAUAGACUGAGGGACAACGUCCAGCUCAAUGGGCUGGACAACCAGAACUCUCCCAGAGUGUCGGUGAGUGUGGAGGAUCUGGACUGGGAUGCGGUGACAGAGAAGCAGCUCAGAGAGAUCGGAGCCACCACGGUCAUCGCUGCA